GCUGUCGGAGGCUCGCGGAGCAGCAGCGGCACCGCCACCGCCACACGGACAGCAGCGCAGCGCUACCAUGGCAACGCGCCGGGGCCCGCACUCCGCCUCAGCCUCAGCCUCCGCCGCCCUGACCGCCGCCCUGUGCGCUCUCCUGGCGCUCAGCGGCCCCCGCACGGCCCUCGCGCAGAGCGCUGGGUUUGUCAAGUCACCUUUGUCAGAAACUAAGCUGACAGGAGACACCUUCGAGCUGUACUGUGAUGUGGUAGGGAGCCCCACACCGGAGAUCCAGUGGUGGUACGCUGAGGUGAACAGGCCCGACUCGUUUAAACAACUGUGGAACAACGCUCGGAAGCAGCGGGUUUCGAUAAACACCGCUUACGGCAGCAAUGGAGUGAGUGUGCUGCGUAUCACCAGGUUGGGCCUGGAAGAUACAGGUACUUACGAGUGUAGGGCAAGCAACGACCCCAGAAGGAAUGACCUCCGGAAAAAUCCAGCCAUUGCCUGGAUACGAGCUCAGGCCACUGUUGUCGUCCUACCAAAACCACGGAUCAAUCCAUCUGAGGAAGUUAUUUUACCAACUUCGAAUCCUAUCGUCGUCUUCUUGCAUUGCAACCUGACAUCUGCACCAAACCCCACUAGUGGCAGUUAUUGGAUGAAAAAUGGGGAAGAGAUUUCUGGAACCAGAAAUGUAUCAGCCUCAAACAUCACCGAGUACAAGAUUUCCAAAGCUCGAGCUGAUGUUGCUGGGGAGUAUCUGUGUGUGUUCACCUUUCAAACGUCCCCCUCAGCCAAUGCCUCGAUCGAAAUCAAAGCGGCUCCUGACAUAAUUGGUCACAAGAGGAGCGAGAAUAAGAACGAAGGCCAAAUUGCUCUUCUUUACUGUAAAUCGGUGGGAUACCCUCACCCUGUGUGGACCUGGCGUAAGAAGGUGAAAGGAGAAUUUGCGGAACUGAAUAAUUCUACUGGCCGUUUUUACAUCAACAAUAAAGACAACUACACAGAGCUUGUCAUUGAGGACCUUCAGCUCAAUGAAGAUCCUGGUGAAUAUAUGUGUAACGCCACCAACCAUAUUGGAUCCCAGUCCUUCGUCACUAUCCUACGUGUACGCAGUAAUCUCGCACCCCUCUGGCCAUUUCUGGGGGUUGUGGCAGAAAUCAUCCUGCUGACUGUCAUCAUUGUUGUGUAUGAAAAGCGAAAGAGACCUGAUGAGGUUCCCGACGAUGAUGAGCCAGUUUCUGGACCAAUGAAAACCAAUUCUACAAACAAUCACAAGGAUAAGAACUUGCGCCACAGGAACACUAACUAAAUCAUGGUUGGCUAGAAUAAUUUUGGAUUUCUGAAGAUGUAAUUUUCAGAUCAUAUGGGAUUAUCAAGAACUCCCAAAAGGUCGUGUUGGGUGAAUGGGCCAGGUCUAAUUUUCUGUUUGAUUAAAGCAGGAAUAAAAUGACUGUGUGAAGCAUGUUUUGCCUUAUUCAAUCUCUACUGGAUGAAGUAUUAAGAAGAUUGCUUUGCGAGUUUAAUUAUGGAAAUUUCAGUUUGAUAGGGUGUAUUUGGGUGCUUAAUGUGCUGUUGAUGUUGCUUAAUUUGUCCCCCAACACCCCCCCAACCCCCUUCUACAAAUCAUGCAUGCAGUGUUUGUUAUUCCUGGUAAAACAGUAUUCAAUAUGAAAUUGUUGAUCAUUGUGCAGCACUGCCUCCUAGUGUUCAAUUCAUACCUCUUUCCAUUCUGUCAACUGCUUGUUAAAAAGACCUAUAACUCAGCAUUUGUUUUCAUUUAGUAUAUAUUUUGCAGAAUAUAGUGUGGUUUAAAUCAGAAUAUAAUUACAUAUAUCCUAUUGCACUGAUGUUAGAAACUAAAGCUAAAAUAUCUAGCUCUUCCACCAACCUCCAUUUUGUAAAGGCAUUCCAGAAGUCACAUUUCUACAUUAUUUAUGGCAUGGCAGUAUCCUAUGCAAGCUAGAAAGAGCAAUUUCUUGUUGGUUUCUUGAGGAAAUUUUUAUCACUGGAUAAGAAAUUUGCACUUACUUUUGUUUUUAGUCACUUACUUUAAAGCUAUAAGAUCGUGUGGUUGGUUUAUUUCAGAAAAUCAUGUAGAUGCAUGAGGUUGCAAAUUUCUAUGUAUGGCUGCAGUACAGUAACUGAACUCAGCUCUAAUCCAUCCAUAGUUUGUAAACUCACUGUGAUUUUUAAGAAUAAAACGCACCAGUUAACUUCA